AUGUCGGCGACUUACUUGGACCAUGAGCAGGCGCACCUUGGUCAGGGUAUAGGGAACAUGCCCCUGGAGUUGUGCCUACACCUCACCCAUUGCAAGAGAAGGCCCACGAGGGACGAGGUGCAACUGAAUCCCGGGGUGACUUAUUUCGACCUGGUGAAUGAACAGGCAAGAGAUAUUGGGGUGCGGGGAUUCAUCCCAGGCAGUUGCCCCUUCGAGUAUGACUUCCAUCCCGAUAAACCCAUCAUCAACGGCCGGCCCGAUCUCCUUGACCGGCAUCUCCAGGCGGGGUUGGAUCCCAAUUCUCUGACUCAAGGAGGGAUCACGCUUCUCUCCCUUGCUGUUGCGCAGGAGCAGCUUGAAUGUGUCCGGGUGCUCAUUCACCACGGGGCCCAUCCAAACAAUCGAGGGAGGUGGCGCGCUCGGUCCCUCGACUACGUUUCCCUCCUUUACGCCAACAAUAUUGCCGGCGAGAUGGUCCGGACUCUCCUCGUCAACGGAGCCAUCUUUCGAUACCCGAGUGCGUUUUCUUGGUUCACGCGGGCGAAUUCCAGACGCCACAUGGAGCGGAUCAUAACCAACGGAGCACCCCUGGCAGAUAUCAGAUACAGCAAUGGGGACACAGUCCUUCACUACGCUGUCAGAACCUACACUGAGGGUCGGUUGUUUCUGGAUGCCCUUCUCGAGGCUGACUAUGUCCCGGAACUUGUCAAUGUCGGGAAUGAAGACAUGGAUACCCCCGUGCAUCUGGCUCAGCACGUGCCCGUCUUAAGAAAACUACUUUCAGUUGGGGGUAGCCCGAAUACUGUGAAUAUCCGAUAUGAGACGCCGCUGCACAUGGCGAUUACAAACGCGCGGCAUAAUGUGAUCCAGAUGCUCAUUGAACAUCCGAGAACUGAUAUCCGACGAGCGCAAACCCGUCGUCGCGAGGUCACCUUGACCGCGUAUGCUAUCCAAAGUCGCAAUCGCAACGUCAUGGGCGUCAUCCUGCGCCAUCGCCGCAUGGUGAUCACCGAGCCUGAUCGGCGGCAUGCGCUUGAAUUGUUGCGUACCGAAAGACUUCCCCAGGGGUGGGAGGAUACGGUCCGAGCGAUCCCUGGAGUCUAG